AUGUCGUCGAGCGAGCCUAGCCUUAGCACAGGGCGGAUCAUAGCCAUCAUCGCGUCAGCAGUAGUCGCGGUGACAUUCCUAAUCGUGCUCCCGGUAGCAAUACGUUGCUGUGUGAUACGGCGGCGGCAGAGGCAAAGCGACAUCGAAAAAAUACCAAAUCGAGAAUUAGAAACGCCACCAUCAGAGAGCACUGCGUCCCACAAAGAACGAGACGACACUGACAAGUCAAGAACUUCGGUUGCCGAUACAGUUCAAAACUCAAUCUGGGGAGAUGCAAGUCGUCCUGUUAUCCCGGCCUCUAUUUUUGAUGGGGAUGGCGACGUUUGGGAUAGUCGACAGUGGCCCCUCCCACCAGGUCACUCGGAACGAUACACGUUUUUCAGCGAGAGAAGCUCGAUUGCAGUAGAUGAUUAA